AAUGUGAUCAUUUUACCUUACCAACAAAAUUGGGGUUUUCAAACCGGAAGAAAUGUCUCUCGACAAUCGGCGAGAUAGGAAGAAGGCCAACGGAGAGUAGAUAGAGAAGGGUUUCUUGGUGCAUUUCGCUUCUGGGUUUUUGUGGGGGUAAUACCCAGGAUAGACACGUUGUAGACAUCACGGCUAUACACAGAGUUUCUCGGCUUCUCACACAUGUCCGGGCUGUACGACGCAAGGGUUGUGUGAUCGAGAGCAACCCUUCGCCGCACGGCGGGCGUGGUGCCUUGCCUUCUGAAGGAGGCAGCCCUUCCGAUCUCCUCUUUCUCGCUGGUGGCGGUUUCUUUUCCUUCUCCGUUUGCUUUUAGGUUUAAUAGGGUCUUUGUAUAAGCUAUAUAAAAGAAUUGUUAUAGAAAAGUUUAGAUCUGUGUUGAGAAUAUACAAAACUUCCUAAGAAAAAGAGGGAAAAGGUUGUUGUUGUUGUUAUUGUUGUUCAGCUAGUGGGUUCUUGGUGAGUUGUUUGAAUUGUUGUUGAAAGAAAUUAGCAAAAUGAUGCUUAAAAUCAAGAGGGUGCCCACUGUUGUUUCGAAUUACCAGAAAGAGGAGGCGGAAGGGAGCACUCGCCGGAAUGAUGGAUGUGGCAAGAAUUGCCUCCGGGAGUGUUGCAUUCAAGGAGCGAAACUUCCUUUAUAUGCCUUCAAGAGGGUGAAUAAUAUUGGAAGUGGUAUGAAUGUGCUUGAAAAUGAGAACAAGGAGCCUCCAGUUGCUUUUCUUGACUCACUCCUUCUUGGGGAGUGGGAGGAUCGCAUGCAAAGAGGACUCUUUCGCUAUGAUGUAACUGCCUGUGAGACCAAGGUGAUUCCUGGUGAAUAUGGCUUUAUUGCCCAGCUGAAUGAGGGGCGUCACCUUAAGAAGAGGCCAACUGAGUUCCGUGUUGAUAAGGUUCUCCAACCUUUUGAUGGGAACAAAUUCAACUUCACUAAAGUUGGACAAGAAGAGGUGCUCUUCCAGUUUGAAGCAAGUGAAGAUGGUGAAGCUCAGUUCUUCCCGGAUGCUCCCAUUGACACUGAGAAUUCUCCAAGUGUGGUUGCCAUCAAUGUCAGUCCUAUUGAAUAUGGACAUGUAUUGUUGAUCCCUCGAGUUCUGGAGUGCUUGCCCCAGAGGAUCGACCAUGAGAGCUUCUUACUUGCUCUUUACAUGGCAGCUGAGGCUGGGAAUCCAUACUUCAGAUUGGGCUACAAUAGCUUGGGUGCAUUUGCUACAAUCAACCACCUGCACUUCCAGGCCUAUUAUUUGGGAGUGCCCUUUCCUAUAGAGAAAGCUGCCACCAAGAAGAUAACCACUUUGAAAGAUGGGGUGGUGAUCUCUGAGCUUUUGAACUAUCCAGUCAGGGGUCUCGUCUUUGAGGGUGGUAAUACUGUGCAAGACUUUGCCAAUACUGUCUCUGAUGCGUGCAUCUGCCUUCAAGAGAACAACAUACCCUACAAUGUGCUCAUCUCUGAUUGUGGAAAGCGGAUCUUUCUCGUACCACAGUGCUAUGCUGAGAAACAAGCUCUUGGGGAAGUGAGCCUGGAGCUUCUGGACACUCAGGUGAAUCCAGCUGUGUGGGAAAUUAGUGGCCAUAUGGUUUUGAAAAGGAAAAAGGACUAUGUAGAGGCAUCUGAGGAAAAUGCUUGGAGGCUCCUCGCAGAGGUUUCUCUUUCUGAUGAGAGGUUCCGGGAAGUGAAUGCACUAAUAUUUGAAGCAAUUUCUUGUGGUAACAAUGAUGAUGUUAUUCAGCACCUGCCUGAAGAGCCUGAUGUUGAAGCUCAAUCUCCAGAGGAAGUAGAUGCCAUCAACAGAAGCUCCCACCAAUCCGUGGUGGCUGGGGCACCUGAAUGCCUUGUUCUGCAGUAACAAUGCAUUUGAUGGAUGUGGAAACCACAGUGAGAUUCUGGUUGUGUGUCUAGUAGCAUUGAUGUCUGGUAUUUGCUAUUGUUGAACAUUAUUAUGCCGGUAGGCUAAAUAAGCAAACUGAGUUUGCAUUGCUGUGAUGCGUCUGUGUACUCUAUUACUCUUUAUAUUGGCGUGUCAGUUAUGGGAUUGUGUAAAAUAACAUGAAUUGUUGUUGGCUGUUAAGCCUCUUAUUAGUUUAUAUGAUUGCAUAUUAUGUCUAAAACUCUGUUUUGAACCAAAAACAAUAGUUUUGUUUUACCCCGGAUUGUCACGACAAUACAGGAUACCCAAAAUCGCUGCGGAGCAAGAAGGGAAAUUUACACUGCAAUUCGCUUCAAAUUUUGCGACUUUCAGAUAUAUCGGUAAGAAAUAGGUUCGUACCUU